UGUGAUCAAGCAUCGCCAAGACUACAACGUGUCCCGAGUAGCGCCGCGCGCGCGCGCCUCCGGAGCGCGUGGUGCCGUCGACACGUGACAGCACCUCCGCGGCCAGUGGCGCUCUUUGCUUGUGCGCGCGCAAAUACGGUCGUCGCUAAGUGCGGUGUCCUCCCGGCCGAAAUGGGAGGUCUUCCCCGAGCCACUGUCUUGUACGCCUGGGUCCGAGUGCUGCGAUCAUCAUGAGCUGUCUUUGCGGGCGGCGACCGUUACGCAAGUUGAGACGCGAGUACCAGCCCGUCUGACCGCUGUCCCACCACGUGCGCUUCAUUCAGCGUUGCUCUGACCUCCGCGGAUCCCGCUCGAUUCCCGUGUGUGCAUAACACCUGGUGACAAGUGAUAGCGUGUGACAGCUGUGCUCGUAUUUCUUCCUAUGCCCAACGCGUGCUGUGCCGGAUGACGCGUAUGCUUUUGUGACAGAAGGGUGCCGUCUGACGAUGCUAGACGAAGACGACGAAGCAGUCUGCAGUUUUGUCUUGUGCGUUUCAUCGGUCCGCUGACGAGUCAGCGUUUCUGAACGCCCGCACGCACAGCUUCAAUGUCACGGCGGAAGCAAUCCAACCCCAAGCCACUGAAACGAAAAGCCGAGGAGGAGCUUGAGGAGUUGGCCGAGUCCCUGCAGCUGCCUUCAGAGGUGCUUGCGCUGCGUGAAGGCAGUGAGCCAUCUCCCGAGCUCACUGUCUACGCUCGGGUAAUGCUGCGUGGAGGCACACUUUUUGGGCCUUAUGCUGCCCACCUGGUCAAGGAUCCUGGCCAGUCUGUCAGUGCCACUCACAUCACCAUACAAAGCAAAGAGGGCAGUGCCACUUACCUCAAACUGAAAGAGGCAGCUGGUAGCUGGUUGAAGACACUGCGGCUUGUCCAAGACAAAGAAAGUGCUAAUGUCAACCUUUCUCUUGAAGGUGAUGAAGUGUGGUGCAACCUGACACAUGACAUUGCUGCAGACACAGAACUCCUGGCUCAUUUCACUACAUCUCCACAAAACAAGCGGGUAUUGCCCAGCACUGAGAGUGCAGUUGAUGCUGAUGCCUUGGCAGAUGACAUUGACGUUGUUGUUGACGACACUGAUAAUGUGGAGUCAACUUCUUCUGCUGCGGAAGAGUUGAAGAAUGGUGUGGGAAGCCCACUAAAGACAGUCUCCAGCUCACCUGUUCCUACUCCCUGUAAUGGCCCAGAUGCACUAAUGGCAGCUGAUGAUGAAUCAAAGGCACUUGACGGCACGGAAAACAGCAGUGCGCAUGCCGAAAAGGCUGAAUCACCAAAAGAAGUGGCACUACAUUCUAGUGAAAUUAUGAAUAUUCAAGUGAAGAUGGAAGCCUCCAGUCCUGUUCCAAUUCCAAGUGGUCAGUCAUCGGAGGACCUGCCAUCUGAUGAUCCAGAUGGAGAUUUUAUGACCACAAAGAAAGACCAACUUACAACAGUAGCUUCCAAGAAAACUGAUUUGCAUCCUGAACGUAUUAAUGGUUACAGCCCCCUGGCUGGUUCAAGCACCGCCUUGCUAUUGCAGCGGCCUUCUAUUGUUGUUCAGCAAGCUUUCGAGUGUGGCAUGUGUGGCAUCCAAUUCAGCAGUGGUAAAACACUAAAAGCCCACCAAACGUUCUACUGCUCUCAGCGAGGUGAGAAGGCUGCCUUUAUGCCAGCACGAUCACAGAUCGAGGCUACUGAGGACUCCUUGCCACCUGUCUCACCUGGCCAACGUUCAUCACCACGAGAGAAUGGUGAAAGUGGAACAGAAGCAUGUGCUGUCCCAGCCAAGCGUCCUCGCCGGGAGGAUGGAUUGUCACCCCCUAGCUCGGAUACUUCUUCAACUACGAGCAAAUCUCCUAAGAACAGCCGUACUUACCAGUGCAAGUACUGCUCUUAUGCUUAUGACAGAAAGGGGAGCCUUACACGCCACAUGCGGCUUCAUGGUUCACCUUCUUCCCCAACCAAUACUGCUGAUGCACCACCAGCUGCAGCUGCAGAAGACAUCUCAAUUCCUCCAAGUGCUCGAUAUUGUGCCAACUGUGACAUCCAGUUCUCUUCAUACAAAACAUUUACUGUACACAAGCAGUUCUAUUGUGGCACACGGCAUGUACAGAAAGCUCCUGUAAGCAUUGCCCCUGCCCCACCUCCAGUGCCAACGGUGUCCAUAGCUCCAACUGCACCUGAGCAGGUCCUGCUUAACCAGCCAUUAUUCGCAGCAAUAUCCACAAACCCAUUGAUCCUUGUUCCAUGUUCUUACGUCCCUGGAAAUGGCCUCGUUCCUACAACAGGGGGAGUUCUACGGCAAGAUGCAACUCCAUCUGUGGCUCCAGCAAUAGUUUGCCCUCAAACUGUUGCUGUGGCACCAGCAGCCCUGGUAGCAUCUGGCGGCUCAAUGACCCCUGCAGCAUCCACUUCUGCUGAGCCAUGUGAAACUAAGGAAAAUGGUUCACAAGCAAAGGAACCAAGCACUGAAGGAACUGCUACAAGUGUGGCCUCUAGCACCAGCAAAGCCAGUUCACCAUGCAUUAAGCAGGAGCAUGUGACAGAGACACCACUAGACUUAAGUCUUCGGAAGGAGACCAAGGCUAGACAGUCCCCGCAGAACCCUUCCUCACCAGUCCCUGCUCAGCAAGAGGAAGCUUCGAACUCAUCUGCUGUUGUAGUCAGUACUAUCGAUCCACUCCUGGCACUUGGUGAACAGGUACUUGUAAAACAAGGAACCUCUCGCUGCCGUGAAUGCAACAUUGUCUUCUACAAACAUGAAAAUUAUUUGGCUCACAAGCGCCAUUACUGUGCUUCAAGGCAGCAGAAAUUGGGACGACUGUCUUCACCAUCUGGGGAUGAAGGAUCUUCAUCAGAGCUUGUGUCUCGCUCGCCAUCAGCCAAUGCAAGUGCUUCACCAGUUCCCGCUCUUCCUGACGUCUUUGGCCAAAGAAGUGCUGGAGUUCAGUCACCACCUCAACCACUCUACCAGUUUUACUGCCUUGCAUGUGGUAUUAAAUUUACAUCCCUUAGCAACCUUCAAGCGCACCAGACCUACUACUGUCCAAAGAGAGAUGUGCUAAAAGGCCAAGUGGGUGUUGCUGCUGUCAAAAGGCCGACUGAGUUUUCGUGUGCACGAUGUCGACUGUCUUAUCCAACAGAAGACGCCCUGAAGCAGCAUCUUUGCUCUGCUGCCCUGCGCAAGUGUCCCUACUGUGAUGUCUUCUGUCCAACGCAAAUUGCUGCGCAGCGUCACCUAGUGACUCACACAGGAGUGAGGGCAUUUCGAUGUGCAGAAUGCGGUUACAAAGGCCAUACACUGCGUGGAAUGCGCACUCACGUUCGCAUGCACUUAGAAAAAGGAACACAGAUGCAAGAAGAAGCUCUCAUUCUUUGUGUUGGUGCAGAUGGAAACACGCUUUGUCCUUGGAAUGGUGCAGCUGGAGUGCCUGCAGCAGUGACUCCUACUCUUCCUCACAACAGUGAAACAACAGAAGAAGCUUCUGCCCGCUCAGGUAGCCCUCCUACUGCUACUACUGUGACAGAAGAGUCAAGCUCAACCUCGAGAGGAUGUGAAGAACAUCAUCCUGCUCCAACAGAGCUUCUUCACUGGUGCAACCUCUGUGGCUACUCUUCCUCUUAUAAAGGCAAUGUAGUGCGCCACGUCAAGCUAGUACAUCGUGAUGUAGUUGCCACUUCUGCGGUUCAUUCUUCCACAACUGAGAAGCCGCGUUCUUCAACAAAUGAAGGACAUCACUCUCCUCUACCAGAAGUCAAAGUGGAAGAAGUCUCAGAUGCUGAAGAUGCUGCCAUAGAAACUUCUGCCAAACAGCAGUCAGAUGUUGCAGUUGCAGUGUGUAACUCACCAGCUGCUGCUGAGGCUACUUUGGUGGAUGUUCUCGCAACUAACUCAGCUGAUACUGAUGCUUCUGCUGCAAUAAAACCGGAGCCAUCCGUGCCAACACCAAAGAGCAAAGUUCAUGGAGCAACCAAGUACUGUAAAGCAUGUGACAUUUCGUUCAACUAUCUGUCAACAUUUGUUGCACACAAGAAGUACUAUUGCACUGCCCAAACUACUGACAGUGCAGACAGCUCAGGUGCAACAACAGAAAUGGGAGAGUUGGCACCAGGAACAGCCUAAAAAACUGGUCUUUUUUUUGUUUUUCUGACCUCGUAAAUACUGGGAGCUUCUCUGUGCUUAUGGAAACGCCUAUUAUAGGUGUCGGUGCUUUGUUGUGAUUGGAAAAUGAACACAAUGCUCUCUGUUCUGCUAAAGUGCUCAGCAGGUGGAAUGGUGUCAUUAUUUUGAAAGGUGUACAAUGGCUUCCUGCAAUUAUCGGGACUUGGCAGUGUAGCAGUCAUUGAAAUGCUUUUUUUGUUUGUUUGUGUCAGAUCGCUUGGAAAGAAAACUUUGGGGCAGGGUUGUGUUAAACUAGCAUUUAGCAUGGGUAAAAUUUAUGGCACCAGUGUUCACAAACGGUGUAAACAUCGUGAAAGUUCAAGUGGUGGCCAUGGUACAUCUCAUAAUCUCAUGACUGCAUGCCCUUCAUAAAAAAUCUUCAUCUUUGCACUCUGGCAUUUAUGGACACCUGAUUAUAAUCAGGAACUUGUUGAGCAAUUUUAGAGGCUACCAAAGUGUUUGCUGGGAUGCUCGCUCACUACUAUCUACCUUAAGUAGCAGAAUUUAAUUGCUAUGCUAGGUAAAUAUUACUACUGUGCACUCCCAGCUGUCCCACCGACAGUUUGAAGCUUCUUGUAUAUAACUCUUCGUCUCUUUGAUGGUAUUGCAUGUGACUUACAAAUUCAGUCAAAUGUGGACACUGGUGUCAGAGACAUUUAUUCAUGGUUUCUAUUGAAGUCGGGCCUUUUUGACUAUUUUGCUUCACCCAUGCAAACUUUUGGCCUUACUAGUUAUUAAUCCUUUGCAGCCAUGAGCAUCUGCCCACUUUGCAUUUGUUCCUCAUAUAAACAAUGCUAUAUGUUUUGCUCACUAAACUGAAAAAACACUAAUGUGAACAUAUGCAUAGCGGCUUACUAGAGAAGGUUACGUUUAUUUGAAAGUCACUGUCUUCAGUCAGCGUGACAUAGUAUAUGUGAUCACCAUGGGCGUCAGUUUCUUAGGGAUUCAUUGUUUCUCUAUUCCUUAGCGCUCUCAUGCAAGUAUGCUUUCUGGUCUUCUGAAGACCAAAUGUUUUUUUUUUUUUUUUCGCACUAAGAUCAUCUUCAGAUUCACUUAACUUGCUCGACUUCUUUUACACAUCUAUAAUAUUUACAUUGCCAUUAUCUCAGUGCUUGACAUCUUCAAAAAUACAUACAAGUUUCCGUGAGUUUGCCACUAUAAAAAAAUAUCCUGGUAUGCAUGUGUUCUGUAGCAUGCGGUACGAUAGUUAAAAAUGGUUCCAGAAGGUUUGACAACAGAAACUAAGGGGAAAAUGGAACCUGUAAGAAUGUGCACCUUGCACUCUUUCCAACAUAUUAACAAAAUAGAUAUUUUUGCUUAUCAAAAGGGGCCCGUUACGUGGCUGUAAAGGGUUAAUUAAAUUAGUACACAUCACAUGAACAUAAUUCAUACUAUUGUUAUUUUAGCAUGCAUGUAGUGCAUGCUUUUGGGCCAAGUCUGAAUGGGAGGAACAUUGUUCAUGCCUUUGCCCAACAGUGACACAAGUAACAAAAUACUGGCUGAAAAGAGAUAGUGUAACAUGAAUUACGAACAAUAGCACCAAGGACUGGAUUGUUUCAUCUGCCGGUUCCAACUCUAUUGAUAUAUUAUGGUGACAGUGAGUUAGCUCGAUAAAGAAAGCACUUAUGCCAGGUCAAUACCUGAAUCGUAAUGUAAGCAUUAGCACACUGAUAAUGUAAUGUGGCAUAUAUUAUGUACAUAGUAUACAUACUUGUAUAUCCAUGUAUCUAUGUUAGUGCAUUUGCAUGUAGCCUAUUUUGUGUAUGCAUAGCAAAAACUCUCGUAAGCUGUUUCUUGAAGUAUUCCACUGUUUCAUGCAUUUUGAGUGUGAGUACUGAUGAGUAGCAUUGAACUGCACACACUGUGGCUAUUCUUAUCUUUAAUGGAAAUGCAUGUAUGAAAGUAUCUUUUGUGGUUGCCGCUCAGUCAUUGUUGUUCAAAAAGCAAAUACAGGCAAACUCGGGGGCAAAUUUCUUACUUCCAACUGAGAAAAAAGAAUUUGUGUCCUUAAUUUUGCUGAAUAUACAGUAAACUCCGUUUAAGACGAACUCUGUUAAGACGAAUUCUUGCUUAAGAACAACUACAUAGGCGCAUUUGUUUGGUUUCACAUAGACUUAACGCAAAAAAAGAAAAAUCUGCUUAAGACGAACAAUGUAACAGGUCUCUUCUGUUAAGAUGAACUAUCAAAGCAACCAACAAUGACGGGGAUUCUGUGCAACGAACCUUAUUGGGGCAUUCAGGGGAACAUGACAAAGCAAAAUGAAAAAAGAAAUUCCUGGAACAAAGACUCAAACCAAAUUGAAAGCGAAUCGCUAUGUUGAGGGAGAAAAUGAGAUAAGUGGAAAGGAAAGGUCAGCACAUAAAGCUAGUAUCUCCCUAACUCCUAGCCUGUAGGUGGAGAAAUGGCCAGCUUUAUCAGCAAAGAAAGCAAUAAAAAGCAUUCGUCCCUUUGCAUUGUAAUUGCCUUCUUCAGUUCCCCAACAGGAGUACAGUAGAGAACAGAAGAACACAAGAGCUCGGCUUGGCAGGAAAAUGUAAGAGAAGGGAAUCGAAAAAAAGGCCAAAUGAAAGUGAAAACAGGAACAAAGAUUGUCUGUACCUUAUAAUCACCGGAAAUGGAAACCACAUAUGCGGCAUUAGCACUCCUAUCAGAGGAGUCAGAUAGUCAUCGCUGCCACAAAAUGGUUCCUGAGCACUUUUGGUCAGUUUGCAUUGUUUUGCAUUGGGCCUGUGCACAUCGUAUCUAUUCCCAGUGAAAUGCAGAGCAAAUUGUAAUGCGUCAUUUUUAUUAUGAAAGUGCACGACAAAGCAAGGUCGUUUUCCACACUAAAUAUAGCUGCGUUGUGUCUUUUUUGUGUUUGAGGCUUGUGAUCACGAGAAGCAUAAAACAGAGAUCUUCAGCUGCAUGUCGUCCAAGAAAAAUCACUGCUGCAUGAAAAUAACAUAAAUUUCCGAACCUCAAAGAAAAGCUUGGAGACUUUCAUAAGUAACUUGGCAUAUAUUGGCUUAGUCAAGGUAGCAUUAUGCAAUGGAGGCAUAUUCUAAAGUGAUAGCAAAGCCAGUAAAACAGCCUCUCAGAAGGUGAACAGUCAGAAGAAUAAAUUUUCUACUCUUUCAAGAAAAAUUGUGCUUGUCCCUCUCUUUUUAUUUUUUUCUAAUUGUCAAAAUAAGGUCGUGCAACAGCGUUAUUGUUAAAAUGUGAUAGUAGUUUAUUCAUGAGCAUAUUUAUUAUGAACUCACAAUAUCCAGUGCUCGUUAGAUUAGUCUAAAUACUCUACACAAAAACAGUUUUUAUCAAGCUGAGCCAAACAAUGUUUUUUCUUGUUCUUUUUCUCCCCAUUAUAAGUAUAACUCAUUCAGUGUUUUCAAGCAACAUAUUUGGGCAUACUUGGUAUAUGUUAGUAUUUGGUUUUUGGGGACCACAAACAAAUGAAUGUGGUCCCUUCGAUAUCGUCUUAAAGGGAGUCUACUGUAUUCUGUUAGCACAACUUCAUGGAGCUAUUAGCUUUUGUUUGUACAGCUGUAGUGCAUUGCACAUAAACUAGGUUAUAAAGCUAGAAAUUGUGCUGUCUUAAUGAAUUUAUAAGUUUUGCAUUUGAAGAGAUCUUGUUGGUUAGGAGUAGCUAUUAGGUGUGAUAGUAGCCUCGCCUAUCUGAAUCGACACCUAUACUUCAACAGCCAUAUCCAAGAGUUACAAAAACAUUUCCGAGUAUUGGAGGCAGAAAAAGAAAUUGAACUAGAUGUUGCUCCUGUAAGCAUUUAUUUGGGAAUAGCUAGAAACAUAUCUUUCUAUUUAGUUUACAUUUCAAUUGAGGAUGGCAUUGCAUGGCUGUUGGAAUUUUCAUUGUCACUAUGCAUCUUUUCUCUGGUGAAUUUUGACCAUAGCCACUAAAAGUUAUCUCACACUUGUCUGCACAAAGCUGUAGCAGUACCACAGCAAGUUUUACUUUGAUAAAUUGGUGAGGCAGGAAUAAAGACAAGAUGCUAAGUGUUCAUUUUCUCUAUACUUCUUAACGGCUCUCACUAACGGCUUUCAAAAGGCGUUCAAGCUUCAGGCGGCUACGUUUUCUUGGGUGUUAAAACUUAAUGUGCUACCCAGAUUUUUUUACUGUUUACCUUUUAAAAUGCUGAUUUAUAAAGUAAUGUGUUGAUUGAAUAUAAUUAAACAUUGGCAAAAAGAAAAGCAGCGAAUGUAUUAUCAGAAUAACGAUUUGGGGAUUGCGUGCAUUUCCAUGUCUCAGAGCAUGUAAUUCAUAGAAAACAGUCUUGCAGUCGGUUCCUGCAUCCUCAGUACUGUAAUAUAAAUGUUUAGCACAAAGUAUACAUUUACCUGUUACUUCAUUACAUUUUAGUACUGUGUAUAAUUCAGUACAUUUAAUAUUAGGAACCCAAGUUCUUUUUAAGAUGUUGCAUGACACAAGACUGUAACAGCAGUUUACCUCCUGUGUUGUUGCUAAAGUGCAUAGACGUUAGUACUGCACAUACAAGUGUGACAUAGCCUUUGAUCACUGUCUCAGAGCUUUUGUUGUGCAGUGCCAUUGCAUUUACAUUCAAUAUUUUAUCUGCCAUAUUUUGUCCAUUUCUUGUGUGCAACAAUGGACAUUAUACUUACUGGAUUUUUAUGAAUGUGAAGCAACUUGCUUCACUGGGUGAUGCAUUCUUGAGGCGUGAUAUAGUGCCAGCAAGGGAUCAAUGGAGUAACUGCAAUUGAAUUCAACUUGAUUAAAGUAAUUUAACUAACAUAAAUUUAUACCUGUAAUCAGUUAUAAUACUAACUUUCUCUUGUGGAUAUUCUGCUGCUUUUAAAGCAUUUGCAGAUUUUCUAGCACAUUUUUUAUGGCCUUUUAUUACAUGAUGACGUAGUUACACCAGAAUUGACGUGUUCUGAGAGGAGAGGUAAAAAGAAGGAAAUGUAGCUGUAAUUUUCAAUUAAUAUCCCUGGCAGUGUUUUUUGUAAAUUAUCUGCUCAUUUAUUUAUAAUAAAAUUCUAGCACAAACAGAACUUAUUUCAGAAAAGCAACUUUCACAUAGCAGGUAUCCUGCCAGCUAUGUGCAAACAGCCCUCUCAAGAAACCAUCGUCAAGAUGGCAAAUGCUGUCGCCCAGGUCAUGCUUCUAAUGCUGGCUGCAUGGUCUUUUUACUCGCAUUGUCCUGUGGAGGAAGCCUUACAAUUAGUGAGGUUGGUUGCUACAUUUGGUGUAGAAUAGUGUGAUGAUCAACUACACAAACCUGAAGAUUGAUCUUUCUCUCUAUGACAUCUUCCUCACUCCUUGGCAGAGUGUUUGCAAAAUGAGUUCUGCACUAUGCCCUGGAUACCUGAACUUUGUGCACAUCCUAUAGAUCCAGCUGAAAGGAAGAAAACUGUCCAUCAACAUACACCACUGCACAUUAUCAUGAGACCUCAGUUGGUGCUAGUGGCCACCAUAUAUAAAUAGACCUUUUGAUUAAUGGAAUGCAAACCUAGGAGCUUAGUUGAUACUUGCAACCUAGGUUAUCCUGCUAUUGCCAAUCUUAGUGACAAGAUACUGAAGGAUGGCUUAGUUGGUGUACAUGAGAAAGGACAAGCUUGAAUUCUGAAAGUUGACCAUGCUUCUGUAAACAAAAGGUGUUGGUGUGCACUGCAUGCUUUGUGCAAGUUCUCUGUUACAGUCAGACGCACAUAGGUAUGUGUAUUCUAACAAAAAAGGUAGUAGAUCCGUUUUCAAAACACACAGUUAGACAGAUUUUAAUGUUUUAUCUAUUAUGUAUUACUGUUUUCAACUUUCUACAGAUGCCUGUGAAAUAAUAAGAAAUAGCACAUGACAUGUGCACUUUUAUGCCUGUGCAUGCCAUGAUUGCAGUGCUCCCUAACGUGCCGCAAACGCACAAUAUACUUCCUCACUACAUUUCACAACAGCAAUGAAAAAACACAGCGGUUAUCUCUUGUGGUGCUGGCACAUGUGAAUCAUUGAACAGCUGUCGUCGCUGCCCUGUCAUGGCAGCUCACCCGACCAAAUGCUAUGGUCAUUUGCAUAUUAAAUGCUAAGAGCACUGCAUUCAUGGUGUAUAGGCAUGCGAAUAGCAAUGUCCUGUUUCUUUUUUUUUGUAUAGUUUAAAAUUUUAGCUAGAGCUAGCCGAGGCACCUCGCAUAUCUGUGUGUCAUUACCAAACGUUGUUCAAAGAUGUCCAGGCUAAUGAAACACAGCUCAUCUUGAGCGUGCUGGCUUACAGGACUGUGUAAGCAUGGAUGCUUUCUGUUUGUAAAACUUACAGUACCAAACAAAGGAUCCAUGGCAAAUGCCCCAUCGUGGUAGUGACAUUCAUAACACUGUGAAAGUCACAAUCGAAGUGUUCUAUGUCUGGAGUUGGUAAAAAACAUAAUAUCAGGUCACCCCUGAAAUCUAUCUUCUUCUAGUGAUGUUCUACUCUUAGCUUCAACUGCCUUAUGGCCAAAAAGAUUGCAAAACAGUAUAUUGUCUUUUCUCUUUCCCUUCUCCCUUUAUUUUGCUGGCACAAUAUAAAAGCUCAAACACUACAAUGCUUGCCUUAGUUUCUCAAUUAUUCGAGAAAAAUGAAUAUGCUUUUUGUCGUGGCACUGCAUCUGUUCUGCACUACUUUUUUGAAAUGGCUAAAUGUAGAGAAAUGAAUGUUUUUUUUGUCAUUAAUACGUUGCUACUUGUAUGUUAACAAUGUUUGUCUAAUAGCAUUGAUGUGAUACGGGAUCAAGAGCAGUUCACAUGAAAGCAUUUCAUUGAAAGUUCGAACAACACAGUGUGUGGAGGCCAUGGUUCAAAUGCUUAAUGCUACAGUUCACUUGACCUAGCACAGUGUUCACAUACAUGCAGCUCUGCAUUUUAUAUGAAUCAUCAUGGAGGAAUGCCAGGAAACAAAUUGACAUAGCAAAUUGUUGUCUUCAUUGAGAUGUAUGGUCCUCCUUUUGAAUGCACAUUCAUAGACUUAAUCUUCAUGACCAUGCAGCUUCAAUUCCUGGUGAGGUUGUAGGUGUCAUCCAGUGCUGGCAGGAAAAGUGAACUCUAGUGGUUAUUGCUUUAAACAUGCACAUUUGGUUCCUCGCUACAUCCUGCAGUGUCCGCCACAGCAGACACUUGCUGAUUUGCUAGAUGCAGUGUACUGCAGAAGUUAGUUGCCACGUGUUACCACUGCAUGUGCAGCUGUUCCUGUGCAAUGCAGCCCUUCUGUAGUAAUGCUGAGCACUCCACAAGAGAGAGCACUGGUGAAGUAUUUGUUUAUGGAGUGUGCUUUGUCAUUAUGAGAAUUGGGGGAGGCUGUUGAGCGUGGAAUGAUUGGGUAUAAGUGGAAUAGUGCUGGGUGGCACGAUGUGUAUUCUGCUUUUUGAUUGUACCUCGUGUAUGUAGCACCAGCCUGCCUGUAUUCCUACUAAAUUAUUAAGGCCUCUAGACGUGUUUUUUCGACCUGUCACAGAUGUUUGCUAUCGAACAUCUGAACUAGUCAAAUGUGUGAUGAUGAUUGAUGGUGAUGAUGGAUGUGUUGUUUGCAGCAAAAAUGACCAAACGCAAAGUGUGUCCCUUACCCGGUUCGAGUGAUUCAGGGUGAAUGCCAUUACAACUGGCUGCAGUUCUGAAAGGUGCAAUUGUAUGUGCGAAUGUUCUGCAUAAGACAUUGGGCGUGCAUAUUAUACAUAUCUAUAUAUAUUACACACAUCUAGAUUUAUGUGUUUUGAGAGGUGUGUGUGCGUGUAUGUUUCUGUUCUAUUGCUUUCAUCGACGUCUUCCAGAAAACUAGUCCGAAAAAAAUAAGGAUGGGGGAGCUGCUGUUAUCUGCGGGGGUGUGUGAAAUGCAAGCUUUUCACCAUGCUAACUGCGGUACACCUCCCGGGUGCUUGGCGCUGUCAGUGCUCAGAUUGAGAACGAGCCCAUGUCGUGGUGAAUGAAUUUUAUGGAAAAAUGGUUAUUAAAGUUGAGUUGGCAUGUGAAGUUCAAGAAAA